CAAAAAAAGCAUUAGGUCUAGAAAUAACAUAAUGAAGCAAAACAGGGAAAAACCACGGGGCCAGAAUGAACAGCAAGAUGAGGCAAAGAUAACACACUGUAAUACAAUAGGGGCAUAAUGCCAAUACAGAGGAAAUGUGCAAAAUAAGAAAAUGGUCACCAGCUGCACGUAGGAGGGUAAUAAUUAGAACAUGUGGCUCAGUCUACAGCGGUGGCAGUAAGUGUGAACGAGCCAAAGUUAUCUCCAAGAAGCUGCUCUGACUCAUGAAGGGCAGCAGUUAAAGCCCGAACCAAAAGAGGGGGUGAGGGAAAGUGAACUCGUCUCUUGUGGGGUCACUGAGAAACGAGGAUAUCCGAUCAUGCCAGUCCCAUCUUUCAGUGGGUCACUGCUAAUGCAGGGUCCCCAGAGAAUCCCAGAGGAACUCUCACCAUCUAGUGCUGGGGCUGUUGACCAUCAGCGCAUGUGCCAAUCUUGGUCCUUUUUCUGUCAAUGCCAUUUGCCCCAAGAUCAGCUCUGGGGUAGCACUUCUGCUAAUUAAACCAUUUAUUUAGCAUCUACUGGUGCCAGGCACUGUGCUAAGUGCCUUUGACAUAGUACAUUCUUAAUAAAUAUUUAUUGAAUUUCAUUAUUGAAUUCUGCUAAUUAGCCCUUCACAUUUCCCCUCUGCUGAGACAGAGACGAGAGGUUCAGUACGACCAGGUUGCCCCCUUCUCAGUGACCACCUCAGCCUGGCAUUCAGGGCUGCCACUUGUCCAGAGGGCUGCAGAAGGGGCUCUUGUUCAGGUCGGGGUUGGACUGGAGGCUUCCAGGAUCCUGACUCUGGGCAGGCCCUUCCCUGACUGGUUCCUGUCAACCUUCCCAGACUGACUGACCCUUCCUCCUUCCUCUUUGGUCCAGUCAAACUGGCCUCCUCGCUGCUCCUUGAAGUCAACUUUUCAUCCCUUGCCUUUGAGUCUAGGCAGACCAAGAACACCCUUCCACUUCACCUCUAUUUGUCUCAGUUUCCUCAACUGUAAAAUUGGGAUAAUAACAGGCUCUACCUCAGGGUUGUCACAAGGAUCAAAGGAGAUACUUGCAAAGCCUUUCACACAGUACCCUAGCACAUAGCAGGCACUUAAUAGAUCAUCUUUCCUUCCUUCUUAUGGCUCAAGACAAGCCUUGUACCUAGCAGUCAAUUUAAUCGACAUUAGUUGAGUGGAAUGUGUUUGAUUCAAUAGAGUUGUAUUGCAGAACUAGGAACUGGAUGGCUGAAACGGGGAGGCAGAUUUCUGUCUUGAAGUGCGGAGAGAUUUCUCAGGAUCUGAGCUGUCCCCCAAGUGGAAGGGACUGCCUUGGGACCAAGAGAGGUCCCUGAGCCAGGGCUGCCUGACUGCCCGACUACCCUUGCGAGAUCUGGAAAGGCUGCCCCUGGGGCCCUUCCACCACCAAGGCCAGUUCCUGCCCUCUGUCUUGAAUUCUGACCAGGCUAGACUAGAGGACAGCACAGAAUUGCAGCAUCUCAGCACAGGCAGGGCUGGUCCCACCUAUAAAGGAAAGGUGGCUUUCAGCCCUGAGACUCUAUGCCCCCAUAUUCCCUUCGGCUUAGGGGUUCCUAAGACCCUCAGAAUCCAACAUCUGCUUGAAGACCCUUGGAGGGGGGAAGCCCUGCGCCCUCAGGUAGCCUCCUCCACACUGGGCCGGCUCAGAUGUGCAUUCCUCAUGAGGCAGGCCGCUCCUGCCAAGGACUUCCAGUUCACUGGACUUCGGUCUGACCCCAGAGGCUGAGUGCCUUCCCAGAAAGUCACUUCCUCUAGCUCGCUCACAUCCCCCACCAUGCUUUCCCCUCUCCAGAAGACUGGAGAAGUCCGUGAAGGCAGGUUCCUUAUGGCUUGGAUCUGGGAGUCCCCUGAAGCAGGUCUGUUCCUCCUCCUGGACCUCACCAGAGCCAAUGAAGCAGAUGCUGGAGAUGACCCCUUCCUGAAGUGCUUCCUGGAUCCAGACUACAGGGAGCUAAUGGACAUCAUGAGCCAGGGUCUCAACCAGACAACACGGCCCCAGCGGGUGGCAGUGGUGGGGGCUGGCAUAGCCGGGCUGGUGGCAGCCAAGGUGCUGGAAGAUGCUGGACACAAGGUAACCCUGCUGGAGGCCAGUGACAGAAUCGGAGGGCGGAUCCUGACAUACAGGGAUGAGAAGACAGGCUGGCUAGGAGAACUGGGGGCCAUGAGGAUACCAUCCAACCACAGGAUCCUCCUAAAGCUCUGUGCCCACCUGGGCCUGCCCCUAGCCCAAUUCAUUCAGUCUGACAUGAAUGCGUGGACUGAGGCGAAUGGGGUAAAGCUACGGAACUUCGUGGUCGAGGCAGCGCCCGAGAAGCUGGGCUACCCGCUGCAGCCCUCUGAGCAAGGCCAGUCACCGGAGGCCAUUUACCAGAUGGCCCUACACAAGGCCCUCUAUGACCUCAAACACCUGGGCUGCUCCCGGAUGAUAAAAAAAUUUGAAAGCUACACCCUUCUGGACUACCUCCUCGGAGAAGGGAACCUGAGCUUGGCCGCCGUCCACCUCCUGGGAGAUGUGCUGGCUGAGGACGGCUUCUUCUCCCUGAACUUCGCGGAGGCCUUACGGGCCCACAGCUACCUCAACAAUCAGCUCAGGUACUGGCGUAUCCGCGACGGCUGGGACCAGCUGCCCCGCGCCCUCCUGCUUUCCCUGAGGGGCCCGGUCCUGCUACGAGCCCCUGUGCUCCAGGUGUCCCAGAAUCAUAAAGGCGCCUCCAUCCUCUACUGCGACCCCCGGCAGCCGUCACGCCUGCUGUCCCUGGCCGCUGACCACGUCCUACUGGCCACUACCGCCACAGCCCUGAGCCACAUCGAUUUCCAGCCACCACUCCACCCCGCCCUCCGCCGGGCACUCCGCGGUAUCCACUAUGUUCCAGCUACCAAGAUCUUCCUCAGCUUCCGGAAGCCCUUCUGGGAGGACGAGGGCAUCGUGGGGGGCCACUCAUCCACUGACCGCCCAGUCCGUGCUCUCUACUACCCAGAAGGCAACAGGACGGAGGCCGGGGGUCUCCUCCUCGCAUCCUACACGUGGUCAGACGCCACAGCGGCCUUCGCAGGCCUGGGGGAGGAGGAGACCCUGCGCCUGGUGCUGAGGGAUGUCGUUGCCCUCCAUGGGGAGAAGGUGCGGGAGCUCUGGGACGGGCGAGGGGCCGUGAUGCGCUGGGGGGAAAACCGCUACAGCCAGGGUGGAUUUGUGGUGCAGCCCCCACAGCCCAGGCCCGAGCACGCCAGAGACCCAGAGCAGGAAAAGCCUUGGCACUGGGACUGGACACAGCCUGAGGGCCGCCUGCACUUCGCUGGGGAGUACACGGCCCUCCCCCACGGAUGGGUGGAGACAGCCAUCAAGUCAGGGCUACGAGCAGCCCAGAAGAUACACAGGGCUACCUAGGGACCCCAGGGCAGGCCCCUUCAUGUCCACAAGGCCCAGGAGCCUCCCUCAGUCAGUAGCCUCCCUGUCAGGGUGGUGGGGGCCAGUAAGGCACAGCCUCCACGGCGCCCCUGCUCAGCCAGGGUGGUGGGGGCCAGGAAGGCCCGGCCUCCGCUGCGCCCCUGCGUAGCCAGGGUCAGACAUGGACCCAGGAAGGCCAUUUGGUCAGCUGCUCACAGGCUCCAGGCAGGGGUGAUCAGGGAAAGCCAAUUAAAAAAUCUGUAGUAUCUAACCUAAAUCAGACUACAUGACAUCCUGAGGAGGGAAGAUGGGAGGCAGGGGAGUAAUCAGAACUCAAAAUCUUAUAAAAAUGAAUGUUAAAAACUAUAAAAAAACAUUUGUAGAAAGA